AUGAUUUUCGUGAUAACCAGCGUGUUGCUGCUCGUUCCCUAUCAGGCCGCCUUCGAAAUGGAGAAAAAGUCAUCGAUCUGGAACUUCGGCAAGAACUUCUUGCUGUUCAUCUGCUGUGGGGACGUGGUGGUUAACCUCAGAACGGGAUAUUUCAAUAAGGAAACGCACUCGACGGUACUAGAACAAAAGAAGAUAAUCAAUCAUUACGUGAAACACAGCACCUUUUUCCUCGAUUUCCUUGGUUCUUUUCCAACGGACUUCUUCUAUCUAACCAGAUGGGCGGAUCUCACAGUGACUCGCAAGACGACAUCCCUCAUAUGUAUCUUUCGUGUCUUCUCCCUCAGUUCCUACGUCGACAAGCUGGCCUUUGCCUACGAUAUCCCUUUAGCUCUUCAAGAGUUCUGUCUGAUACUCUUAUGGAUGAUACUGUUACUACAUUGGCAAUCUUGCCUUCACUGGUUGAUACCUAUAGUGAGUACCUCCAUACGUCAACCAGAACGUCCCUCCAAUACUUCCUGGAUAGAAGUGAAUAAAUUGUGGGAGGUUCAUAGGGCUCAGCAAUACUUGGCCAGUAGCCUACGCGCCAUAUCUACGUUUAUGAUGGCUGAUCUGUUGUAUACGCAUUAUCAGAAUGUAGGAGAUAUUUACUUGAUUAUCUUUCUGCAGCUAUUUGGUAUUGUCGCGCCCUGGUUCCUCAUUACGCGAGUAAUGCAAUUCUUUAAAGGACACAACAGCUCUCGUCUCAGGUAUCAAGGUACCGUGGCUCAGCUAAGACAGUACAUGAGGCACAAACAAUUACCGUAUCCUUCUCAGAGAAGGAUCAUUCAAUAUUACGAGUUUCGUUUUCAGCAUCGAUUCUUCCGCGAGACGGAAAUCAUUAAUACGUUGUCUAUCCAGAUGCGUCACGAAAUCAGGAUGCACUCGUGUCGUAAAUUAGUGGAAAACGUAUCGUUCUUUAAUAAUUUACCAUUGUCGUUGCUGGGUCGAAUCGUGGCGUUAUUGAAGUCUGAGAUCUUCUUGACCAACGACGUGAUCAUGCGAGCGAAUCAACCGGGUGAUUGUAUGUAUUUUAUCGCUACCGGUACUGUAGCUAUUUAUACGAACUCGGGCAAAGAAGUGUGCCAUUUGGAGGACGGCGCAUACUUCGGCGAGAUCGCACUCGUCAUGCCCAACGAGUUGAGGGUAGCCAGCGUGGUCGCCGUUGAGGUAUGCGAGCUAUACCGGUUAAGUCGAGGCGACUUCGCUAGGACGAUACACCCGUACCCCAUGCUAUGGGAGACGAUCAAGAACAUCGCGAUUGAGAGACACGAGAAGACUAUGAUACUUAACGAUCGGUAGAUUGUUAGAUAGAUUCGUUCGAGUUGAUGUUUUUUGUCAAGAUAUUUGUAUUAUAGAUUUUGUCGAUCUCGAUGAAAUUAUUGGAAAAUAUAGUGGAUGUUUGUAUUUUGUUGAAAGUUAA